AGCUGGUUCAGGUCUGAGGGAGCAACCCACGGUGCCUUCACUGAUCUCUGGACCACAGAGCUCCUCUACUGACUGCAAUCUGAAAACAUACUGGAGUAUUUUAAAAACAUUUUAACCAUGAAGUGCGCACUUUUUCAUUUAUUAAUGACGCUUCCUCUCAUCGGUGGAUCACCUCUCCAACAUAACAUGUUUCAGGGAAACGCAUAUUCUGCUACUGAAACACGACAGAGAAACAAGAACUGGUGCGCCUACGUUGUGCACAAGAACGUGAGCUGUGCCGUCGUGGGAGGCACGGAGAGCUUCGUGCAGCCGGAGGUCUUGCCUUGUCCUCUGGAGAUGCCAAACUGUGCGCAACAAGUGAUAUAUCGGACACACUUUAGGCCCAUGUAUAAGAUUGCAUACAAGACUGUAACGGAGCUGGAGUGGAGGUGCUGCCCGGGGUACCAGGGCCAUGACUGCAGGGAGGUGAAAGACAUAACGCUGCUCCAGGUGGAGCGUUUGCCUCAGGCCCCCUCCGGACAUAAUCCAGUCCCACAAGCUCCAGAUCGGCGAAGAGAGACCCAGAGGAACCAUCCAUGGAGAGGGGAGGGGCAGUUCGGAAGUCAGAGGCCACUGGGGGGUCAUGGAGGAUCUCAACACAUGGAGGACGAGAUGCAGCGGCUAUCCCAGAUGGUCCUCGACAUGCAGGCAAAAAUGACAGACAUGUCCUCCAAUCUGCGACUGGAUUUCCAAGAGGACGCCAGUAAAAUGCUGAUCACGUUGCUGAAUGACUACAAACAGCCUGCCAGCGCCAGACAAGCAGAGACCCACAGCGUUCAGGUGCAGGACUUCUCUUUUGGGAGCGAGGCAAUGCAGAUGGACGAGGUCAUGAACAAGAUCGGCCAGGUCACCGACGAUCUGGAGUCCAAGAGCAACGCACUGGAUGACCUGCUGGGCCGUGUCAACCGCCACGACGGACAAAUCCAUCUGUUAAUGGAGGCCGCCCAGAACCAGCUGCCCACACCCCCUCCUGCUCCUCCAGCCAGCGAUACAGACCUACGUGCCUACCUGGACGAGAAGAUCAGCGCUCUGAGAGAAGAGUUGAUGGAGGGUAUGGACAUCAAAAUGGCAGACAUGAAGAACUCGUGCAAUUAUAAAAUCUUGUCCGUUCAGGAUCACUGUGAGGAACAAGAAGCCAACUACCUGAGCCUGAUCGAGCUCAUGGACUCAAAGGAAACGGACCUCCGCAAGGAGAUCCAGGACCUUGAGACCAAGCUGGUUGAUCCUGGAAAGUCCCGUCUUGAAAACAUUGAGAUCCGUCUGAACUCAUCUGAGAAGACUGUAGUGGCCCAGUUCCUCUCUGUGGAGGAGAAGCUGAAGAAAGAACGAGCAGAGGCCAUCAGAGACCUGAGGGAGACUCUAGAGGACAAGCUGGCCUCAAUGGAAGACAGACUUACCACCCUGUUAGUAGAUACAAGCCCAAACUCCCCAUCUGGUGGCCUUUUGACUGACUACCAGAGCUGCAGAACUGCUGUGAAUGCUAUAGAGUCUAGUCUAAAAGCUCAGAUAAAUGGCCUUGGAGCCGUGGAGGGGCAACUCCUCAACUACAGCACCAGCAUUGCCGACGUACAUGGCGAGUUGAGCUAUCUGAAAGGGCAUGUUGGCAGGUUGGAGGACUCGCUAUCGGAUGUAGUCCACCAGCAGUCUCAGGUGUCUCCGAUCCUCAACUCCACCUGGGGUCAAGUUAAAACUGGGGCUGAGCAGGAGGCCAAGGACCUUCUGGAGCUGAGGAAGCAGCUGUACGAGCUGGGCAGGGAGGUGAACCACUGCAGGGAACAGACUGAAGAUGUCGGGAAGGAGAUUGCACACAUGGACAGCCGAAUUGUUAGCGUGGAGGGUGUAUGCGGCAAGCUGGAUCCCAUCUCCGGUAGCCUCCAGAGGAUCAAAGAGGGUCUGAAUAAACACGUCACUGGGUUGUGGACUUGUGUCAACCAGCUGAAUGGUACGGUUAGAGCUCAUGCCCGAGAUAUUGGAGGACUGAGGGGAACUUGUGAGAACCUCCAGAACAACAUCUCUAAUGUAGCCAAAGACCUCCAGGUGCUCAGGAACAGCAAUCAUGGGAAGACAGGUGUUCAGGUUGCUGUGGAGGACGCAGGACACACCCGGGGUUCAAGUAAGAGCCUCACAGGGUCGGUCGGUCCCCCGGACGCCUCCCUCACACGGCCGCCUGUGAUGGAGACCGGAGAGGCGGGACCCCCCGGCAAGAUGACCUCGUCCAAGAGGCUGCCCAAGGGGACAGACGGCAGCAUGACGCCUGUUCAGGGUUAUGCUGGAGCUCCAGCCUCCCCGGUCAAAUCCACUGACUUGCAAAAGCCCAGCACGCCACUCAUCUCAGAUGUGAACAUGUCCUACAGACGAUCACCACAGAAACCUGCUCCAGCGUCAGGUGAGAAGGUGUCGUUCUCGGCUGGUUUGACUCUUCCUCCGUUCCAGGGAGAGAUUGGAAUCAUUCGAUUCAACAAGGUGCUGAUCAAUGACGGAGGACACUAUGACGCUCAUACAGGUAUCUUCACAGCUCCCAAAGACGGCCGCUACCUGGUGACCGCCGUCCUCACAGCCCAGCGAGGUGAGAGGGUCACGGCGGUCCUCUCUGUGUCCAAUCGCAACAUCCAGAGGUUGGACUCGACGGGCUUCCCAUCAGGAGCGGCGACGCAGCUGUCACAUGAUCAGUGUAACUGCAGCAGCUCAACCUCACUGAGCCUGGUCCUGUCGCUGAGAAGAGGAGAUCGAGCGGGACUCGUCAUGACUGCUGGGAAACUCGCCAUCUCGUCCUCCUCUGAGAUCCUGUCGUCUUUCAGCGCGGUGCUUCUGUACCCCAGCCCAUCAACACGGUAGCCAUGUCUGUGUUUUUAAAGACACCUGGUGUGGAGUAUGGUGAACAUUACUGGGGACACGUUAAGGCUAAUGGGGAUUUUACACUAUCAGAGAGAAAGACACUCUUUACCAGCAGGGAACAAAAAUAAAUGAGAUUAUUUCUAUAAUUAGUACUAUAUAGUGCAUUUACACUGCAAUUAUUUUAUAUUGUGAAGUUUUGUUUAUGACAUAGAUUUUACAAAUACAUAUUUGUUUGAACAUUUGUCAUCCACUGCAGUAAUCAGACUUUCUUCCUUAAUAUUAAAAACAGUAUCUUAUACCUUCACCACCUAGUUAAUUGCUAAUGUGAAUGAAUUUUGUGCUAAACUUUGAAUUCCAGUUGAUCCAAUUUGUUCAUUAAUUACUUAGGAAAUCAGUUUUGUUUAUUUUCUCAGAAAAGACUUAAAACAUCUGACAGUUCAUACCAGUUUAUUAUUAUCAUCCAACAUUUGAUUUAAACAUUUUAUAAAUACAAUACAUAUAGUAAAUAUAUGUAAGUUCAUACUUAAAACUAUAAAUUAAUGUUUUCCAAGCUCCCCUCUCACGGACUACGUUUACACGCACAAAAUAUUCAGUUUCUUUGCCCUUAUUCCAAAAAAGACAAUAUUCCUACUAAGUUGUUUAGAUGGCUAAUGAAAAUGAAUAUUCCACUAAUAUUCCUGUUUACAUGCAGCCGUGCAUACUCCAAGUAACGUAACUGAAGUGGACUUGUUCGACCGUGCAAACACAGCUUCCCUCUUUGGCAGUCGGCGUUAUUUAGAAAUGUGGGCUUUUCUUUUGGGCAUGCAUCUCUGCAAACAAUCGGCUAGUUGGUUUGUGUACUGUCGGUGCCCGAUCCGUCCCUGCGUAUGUGCUGGCGCCUAGAUGUGCCUGUGCAGAACUGAUUGAGCAGCCGGGACGGAUCGGACAGCUAAAUUACGACUCCUGCUGUAGUGAAGACUUGGCCCGCCCUACUCUGCCUCUGAUUGGUUAGUACUCAUUGCCUUCGUUGGUUGGAUUGGUUGGGUUUAGGCAUGAGGAGUGAGGUUGGUAAGGGUUAGGGUAAGAAUACUUUGGUAAGCUAACCAGAGGCAGAGUCGGGUGAGUCAUUUCUUCGCUAUAGAAGGAGCUGUAAUAUCGCGGUCGGGCACUGAUAACAUGCACAACACAGAGAUGACGCAAACGGAAAAAAGGCUGUGUGUCGCAAACUGCGGUCAGAACCCCAUUUUAGACACAUUCUGAAUACGCUCUAUAAAUGUCCAAAGAAUGCUCCUAAAACCACAAUAUCAGCAUAUCUCACAUGUCUUAAUCGGAAACAAAAUAUACCGUUAACCGUAUAAAAUUCACAAUAUUGUCAUAUUAGUGUGAAUGUAAACGUAGUCACUGUCCAACAAAUAGAAAGCAGCUCAGAUGGUUGAAUGUUUUUAUCAAAACAGUCAUCCAAAACAUACUUUGUUACAUCAUAAUGUAAACUGGAUUACCACGAGGUAAUCACACAACAAUCUACAGAAAACACUUUCAGCAGCAAAGUUUCUUCACUGAAAAGUGAAAUAUGACUCCACGAAACCAGGAUAAUUCUGCGUGUCGUCUUCACACAAAGUUCAUCACUUUCAUAGAAAGAAUGCAUUAAAUUUUACUUACAGCCGUUACUGAGCGUGAAAAG